GCUUCCUUCACGUGGGACUUGGUUAUUUUGUUUUGCAUUUUUUAAAUUACAUUUAAAUCAAGAAUCAAGAAAAACUUAAUAAAAUCACCUGAAAAUAGUGAAAAUAACUGCGACGAAAAUGCUAGAAAAUCCAAUAAAAAUAAAAACAGGUGACUAUGUCAUUCUGCAGCGUCAAAAAUACACCAAACUGCAAAAGUUCGGCAACCUCGAUACGACAGCAGUUCUCGGCAAAGAUCAUCUUGAACUUCGCGCCAUCGAUGGUCAUCCUUAUUACUCUACGUUCAAGAUGGUCCAAAAGGAAGGUAAAGGUCGUAAUCGAUCUUGCACUCUGCAAAUUUGCUCCGAAACAGAAAUGCGCAAUAUUUUCGAUGUUCUCGGUGGUUCGGGCAGUGGAGCAGAUAAUCGCAAUAUAAUUGACGAUGGAGGAUCUCAGAAUCUAGGUCCUGAAGAUAUUUCCAAACUGCGAGAAGAAUGCAAUGAUUCGUCGAAGAUAAUUGAGAAGAUCGUCGAGAAUUCGAAGACUUUUAAUUCAAAGACCGAAUAUUCGCAGGAAAAGUAUUUGAAAAAGAAGGAAAAGAAGUACUUUGAGUUCGUUCAAAUUCGGCAGCCUUCAAUAAGACUCCUGACAGAGAUCUUCUAUCGACAGGAUCCUGACAAAAUUCAAGGUAUUCGCAUAGAUACCUUGUCACAGAUGAUUUCCUAUUCAGGUGUAAGUGCUUUUGGCAAUUAUCUUCUGUAUGAAUCGGGGACAAAUGGCCUCCUGCCAGCUGCUUUUCUUAAUGCUAUGGGAGCCGAUACUGAAGCUCAAAUGGUCCACAUGCACCCUGGCAAUGUCCCCCAGAAACAAGCCAUUCUGGCUCUCAAUAUGCCUGAGGAGCAGACUAAGCGCUGCGUGUCUGUGAAUAUCUACUCGGUUUUGCGUGAAUACUAUCAGGGCUCGCCAGACGAACAAGAAGCUGUUAUCGAAAAACUCGAAGUACAAACACCCACCGAUGAAAAUCCCAGCAAGAAGCCCCGACUAGAUGAAUCUGAAAAUGCCACUGCUCAGGCUCAGGCAUCAACAUCCACUGAAAAACCAGCACAAAAAUGGCAAUUGGAAAACAAACGAGCCUGUGAAUUGAUGAAAGAACAAUUUGAUUCACUGAUAAUUGCAGCCAAGGAACACCCAGUGAAUAUCACAAAGACCUUGUUGACUUUUGUGAAACCAUCAAGGCCGGUGGUAAUUUUUAGCCAGUGCAAGGAAGUACUUAUGGAAUUGUAUGUUGAGUUAAAAUCGACCACAGAAGUGACGAAUUUACAUUUGACAUCGAAUUGGUUGAGAAUGUAUCAAAUUUUACCAAACAGAACGCAUCCCGAGGUCAAUAUGAACGGGAACAGUGGUUAUCUACUAUGUGGAUAUACAAUAAGAUAGAAAAUAAAUAAACAUAUUUUUUUUUUAAA